AUGAGAGUUCUCAAAUGGACCCCCGAUUUCAAAACUACCGAGGAACCUCCACAUGUUCCGGUGUGGGUUACGCUCCCACUUCUUCCUCUCCACAUGUAUCACAGAGAUCUUUUAUUUACAGUUGCUGCUGGCAUUGGGACCCCUCUGAAGGUUGAUACCCCUACGGCGACUCGGAGUCGGUGCUCCCACGCCAGAGUCUGUGUGGAAAUUGACCUUACGAAGCCCCUUCUGCAUGCCUUCGAGAUUGAUGUGGGUACUGGUGUGCUCGAGCAGAAGGUCAUCUACGAGCGGCUCCCUAGCUUCUGCUCACUCUGCCGCCAUCUUGGGCACAAAGCGGAGGCUUGUUUACACAGACCUUCUUCGCAGCCGGUACCAGUUACCAUCUCAGCUGCGCAGGAUCCUCCUGCUGCGCCUUCUGGUCGCCAUGACUCGGUGCAUGGCCCUUAUGAGAUCUCUGCAGCCCCCGCCUCUGGUGAUAUCAUGGAAUCCCGGCCCCCCACUGCUCGACGCCGUCGUCGGCGCCGCAAUCGAAAUAGGGGUACGCCUUCUACUGGUAUUACUAAUGCUUCUGGCUCCUUGCAGGCUCCUCCUCAGCUCCUCCGACGGGACCCCCAGCCUUCUACCCGGAGACCUUCCGAUGACAUCCCGGAGUUGAAUGGCUCCAGACGUCUUCGCUCUGGUGUGCGGGUGACCUUUGGGGAGAUACAGGUGGCCCCAAAUCCAUCACAGACGCCCGAGAAGUCACUGCAGCUCACACCGGCGCAUCUCAGCGGCCCUGCGGAGGCUCAUCGCCCCCACGCCCCUCCUCGGGUGACCUUUGCCCACUCACGGGGGGAUGCCUCCGCGAUGCUGCUUACUUCUGGUGUUCGAGUUACCUUUGGGGACUUUCUGGCGCCUUCGGAAACCUCGCCGGCCCGCCCUCUGGCCGGACAGACUACAGCUGAGCCUCCGAUUGACAGUCCUGCCUCCCCUCUGGAUGACUGUCGGCUGAGUCCCACUCCAGCGACUCCUGCCACCGCCUCGGCCCUUGGUCUCCUUCCGCAGCCCCUAUUGGCCACUCAGGUACCCUCGUCGCCUUUACCACUGCUUGCUGAUGAUAUGCAGGUGCCGCCGGAGCCUGUGUCGCCUCCUCCUGCUCAAUCCUUGGCAAUUUGGGGACUCCCCUCUGGUCAUGGCCUGGAUAAGGGGAAGGCAGUGCUGCUCUCUGAACCUCCUGCAUCCCCUAUCCGCGAUCGACGUGAUCUUUCAGUGGACACAUGCCUAUCGGCUACUGGUUCCCCUUCCUCGGACACCCAGCGGGACGAGGACUCUGCACUACAAGCCACCUUCGCCGAGGACUCGGAUGGUGACUCGCCCCUUAUUAAGGAUGGCCAACCGCCCCUCCUCGAUUCACUAUCUCUUUCUCCGAGAGGUACCACUGAUUUUCACUCUGGUGAUCUACCUGCUGAUGCAAUUACAGGGACAGAGCUCCUCCCUGAAUCUGGUCCGAACCCACCCCUCCUGCGGACUUCAUCGGAACCGCUCCCUGUUGUCGCUCUGUCGACGGAGUCGCAUCCGAGCAGGGGGGUGUGCGUUUUAAACCAGGCCGCUGAACCUCCGUCUCUCAGCGGAUCUUUGGAGACAGUGUCAGAUGACCGGCCACAGGCUCUGCCGCCGGCCUUCUCUAGACCGAUCACCCGCAGCAUCUCCCGUCAGCAAGUAAGUGCCUCUCGUCGCCCUUCUGCCAGUUCCCGAUGA